UAAAAAUAUUUUUGCAAAACGCACCGUCCUGUAAUAGUUAGUAAUUAAGGGACAAGCCCUUGACCAAAGCCUCUAUCUAGUCCUCGACCCACUCUAAACUCAGGCCGAACAAUCACAAAAGGCCUCGUGACCAAUCAAUCUCCUCGACGCCGGAGCCGGAGUCGGAAUGGACAGGGAAUGGGGUUCGAAGCCUGGAAGCGGAGGGGCCGCCUCCGCCCAGAACGAAGCCAUUGACCGCCGUGAGCGUCUCCGAAGGCUCGCCCUUGAGACCAUCGAUCUCGCGAAAGAUCCCUAUUUUAUGCGCAAUCACCUCGGCAGUUAUGAGUGCAAGCUUUGCCUGACACUCCACAACAACGAGGGGAAUUACUUGGCCCACACACAGGGAAAGCGUCACCAGACUAAUUUGGCCAAGAGAGCUGCCCGCGAGGCCAAGGAAGCGCCUGCGCAGCCUCAGCCCCACAAGCGCAAAGUCUCCGUUCGCAAGUCAGUCAAAAUCGGAAGGCCUGGGUACCGGGUAACAAAGCAGUUUGAUCCAGAGACGAAACAGAGGUCUCUUCUUUUCCAGAUUGAAUAUCCUGAGAUUGAAGACCUUGCAAAACCAAGACACAGGUUUAUGUCUUCUUAUGAGCAGAGGGUCCAACCCUUCGAUAAAAGAUACCAGUAUCUUCUUUUUGCAGCUGAUCCAUAUGAGAUCAUUGCUUUCAAGGUUCCUAGCACAGAGAUUGACAAAACCCCUCCCAAGUUCUUCACACAUUGGGAUCCAGACUCUAAAAUGUUUACGGUUAGUUUGUUUAAUAUUUGCUCAACUGCUUCCUAUGUUUUUAGAUGUGAUUUGGCACAAAGAUUGACUGUUUGAUUGAACAGUUUACCU